AUGAAACAUCGAUUCAAAUUUUUCAUUCCUAGUACAACCACAACUCAAUCGAGAACAUCAUCAUCAUUCAAGCCUUGUUUGCAUUUUAAAAAUUCUCUCAUACGGAAUGAACAAUAUUUAACUCAAUGCAAUGAUCGGAAAUGUUAUUCAAUGAUAUCCAUUGAUAACAUACCGUACACCUACCAAGUACAACCAUCUUCUCAUGCUCAUUUGAUGAAAGAAGACGAAAUUGCACCUGGAUUUACUUUGGAAGAGUUCAAACAAAGACAUUAUAAUUUAUUUAAUUUAAUGAAAGAAAAUUCUGUAUUGAUUUUAGGAUCAAGAAAAGAAUAUUUCAUGUCUCCAAAUGUUAGAUAUCCCUAUAAGCAGGACUCUAGUUUUUAUUAUUUAAGUGGUGUGAGCGAACCAGAUUGCUUUUUAGUGUUCAAGAAGACAGGAUCUGGAAAUUCAAUAACUUUAUAUGUGAGAGAAAAAAGCAAAAAGGAAUUCUUUCAUGGGGUUGUCAAUGGAGUUCAAUCAUUGCAAAAUCUUUGGGGAGAUUAUCUUCAAGUAAAGCAAGUGAAAGCAUUUAUAAGAGAUUUACAGUCACUUGUUAAAAACUUCAACACGCUUUACUAUGAUCCUGACUAUGAUGAAAGAUUGUCACAAAUAAUUGUCGAGAGUGGAGGAGGAAUUGAAUUCUUUAAAGGCCCUAUGCAAAAGUACAAAAUUUUCUAUCCUGAAAGUUUAAUUGCCACUCUUAGGAGCAUUAAAUCCAAGGCAGAAAUUGAUCUCACAAAACGAUGUGCACACAUCAGUGCUCAAGCUUUUAUUGAGCUGAUGAAACAGAUUAGGCCUGGAAUGUCUGAAGCACAUGCAGAAGCCAUCUUAGAGUUUCAAUGUAAAAUGAGAGGAGCACAGAGACUUGGUUAUCCACCUGUAGUUGCCUCUGGGGAUAGAGCAAAUAUCAUACACUAUCUUACCAAUAAUCACAUUAUGGAAGAUGGAGACUUGAUUAGAAUUGAUGGAGCUGCUGAAUAUUAUGGAUACAUGAAUGAUAUAACACGAACAUUUCCUGUGAAUGGUAAAUUCACACCGAUUCAGAAAAUGCUCUAUCAAGUUGUGUUGGAUAUUCAAAAGAAAUGCAUCAAUUAUCUGAAAAAGCACUUAACAGAAACGAUAACGAUUAAUUCUUUCCAUGACUACUCUAUGUAUCUCACUCAGGAUGCAUUAGCUGAACAUUUUAAUAUUGGUUUGGGUUAUGGGAAAAACAAUGCUGAGUCAUGUCAACUCAUUGAAGAGGUUCUGUAUCCUCACAUGAUUGGUCACGCUACAGGAAUGAACAUCCAUGAAGAUGUUCCAGGAAGAGACGACAAAUUGGGUCCUGGAAUGAUCAUCACUUGUGAACCAGGAAUUUACUUUUCAAAACAAGUGAAGAAUUACAUACCUAAUCCUCAAUUGCAUGGACUUGGUGUUCAAAUUGAAGAUGACAUUUUACUCACAGAAAAUGGUAUAGAAAUUCUCACACAUGAAACACCGAAAGAGGUCGAAGAAAUCGAACAUAUUAUGAGCAUUAGUAGCAAGACACCGUCAAUUCCGUUUUCGUUUUAA